CGUAAAAUCUUGAUUAAAUAACUCUUGUACAAGUCCAUCCUACCACUAGAAAAGGUAUAAUGAUUAGUAUCCACUGUAGCCAAUUUUCUUGAAUUUGGAUUUCACUAAUUAAACAUAAAGAACUGGCCGAUCUCUCAUGAAUCCAAAUUUAGACGAUCUAAUUAGUGUAUUUGUGAAGAAAUGCAUCAAUCUUGAAAUUGCUGAAAUUGAAGGGAAAGGAAAAGGUCUACGAUCUUUAGAAAAAUGUGACCCAGGAACGGUCUUAUUAGAGGUUCCAUUGUCCAAAGUAAUAGAUGAAAACUUCAUCAGAGACUUUAGAGAGAAAGAUAAAACCUUCGCUUCAAUUGCUACGUCCGAAGAGUGGGAUGCUAUGGCAUUCAGAAAGCAAGCUUUAUUCAUUAUCUGCUAUUUUAAAUGGUUACAUGAGAAGCAGAAGGACUGGAACCUAUACUUGUCAACUUUUCCUUCCUAUGUUGGUACCCCAGUCCAAUGGUCUGAAAAUCAAAUUCAAGACCUUCAAGGCACCUCACUGUUUAUGCCGGUAAUUGCCAAGCGGAAAUUUUUGACAGAAGAAUGGGAGGAACUUAAAAGCACUCACGUAAACCUUUGGCCAAGUGAAAUAUCACUGUCUGAUUGGAUACAUGCCGAUGCUUUGUAUAGUAGCCGAUGCCUUGAAAGUCCUUCAGGUAGUACAGUUUUGGCGCCUGUGGUAGAUUUGUGUAAUCAUUCAAAUGAGGCCAAUUCCAAAUGGGAUUUUACUUCGGAUUCGUUACAAGUGUAUGCCGAGAAGGCCCUAUCCGUUGGAGAUGAAAUUACAUUUAACUAUGGUGCAUCCAAAGGUGCAGCAGAAUUCUUAUUUUCAUAUGGAUUUAUUCCAAAUAACGUGGAAGGAAACAGAACUGACGUUUUAAAACUUCUAAUCCCUAAUGAUACAAAUGAUCCUUUGGAUAAAUUCAAAAGAAAAUGUUGCAACAGGCCACCCAUGAUUGAAAUUGCUUCUGACUCAACUGGCAUAUGGUGGCACGCUCCAUAUUUGUAUUUUUCAGUACUAAAUUACGAUGAUUUCACCUGUUUCCAUUUGCAGGAAACUGAAAAUGGGGGUACUGAGCUUCAUUGGGAAUUUGAAGGGCAGACAACUACUAUUGAGGAACUCCCAGACUUAAUACAAAAGUCUCCUUUGAAGGACUUGUACCUCUUGAGAGUCUUUUGUCUUGUUCAACAGUUAGUCGAGGCCGCUUUGAAACGUAUUAACGACAAUGAAUCUAACAUAUCCUCAAGCGACUAUGCUGCUACAAAUCUUUUGUUAAGGGAGCGUAAUUUAUUACAAAAGGUAAUGCCCUAUAUCCAAGAUUUCAUAGAAGAGUUUGCUCAGUCCGAAGUUGUCUGUAAUCAUUUAAAUGCUCAAGGAACAGAGGAAGAACUUUAAGAAACAAACUUUGGUAAACAGUAUUCUUACAUUCUUUUUCAUUGCACGGCAUUAUGGUUGGAAAAAGAAGGUCAAAUAUGAUAUUCUUCCUCAACUCUGUAGUCUGCUUUUAUUGAAGCGUUCAUAUAAGCACCGUAGUCUGAAUAUCAUUAUUAUUGCAAGUAUAUGUCUAAAAAAAUGUAAAAUUUGAUUUAGGCUUCU